AUGAGCGACCAAGCUGGUAGCAGUCAACAUUACAUGGUUAAGAAACCAUUUGAAUGCGAUUUAUGUGACAAGUCGUACAUACAUCUCAGUAGUCUGAGAACCCACCAGCGAAUACACACGGGUGAGCGACCAUAUGUAUGCGAUAUUUGUGGUAGGGCUUUCACAAAAAAUUAUUAUAUGGUUGUACAUCGGCGGUCACAUACGGGUGAGCAGCCUCAUGCAUGUCACAUAUGUGUAAAGAGGUUUUCCUAUAGAGCCACACUGAAGAGACACCAAAAGAUACAUACAGAACCCAGACCAGAAUUUCCAUGUCACCAGUGUUUUAUGUCGUUUUACACCAGAGGAGAACUGGAUGUACACCGCUUUAACCGUCACGAUAUUCUAAGACCUUUCUUGUGUGAAAUAUGUGACAGUUCAUUUAUACAUAGGAGUUCUCUGAGGAGACAUCGGUUGGUGCACGAGCGUGAGCGACCGUACCUGUGCGACAGGUGUGAAAUGACGUUUUCCACCAAACUGAAUCUGCAGAAGCACCGGCGGACGCACACAGGUAGAAGACCAUAUAAUUGUGACUUUUGUCACUUUUCGUGUACACGUAGACGAGAUCUCGAUGCUCACAUGAUUGUAAACUCGGGUAAUCAGACUCUUAAUCCAUUAAAUGAGUCAUUGUUGGAUAAUGGUGGAACUCUAGAAUCACUGGACUCAAUACUGGACGAAAUAGUAAACUAUGCCUUCCCAAAUGAAGCAACCUAA